GGGCGCGCGCACACGCGCCGUCCAGUGGUUGGAAAGAGCGCAGCGAGUAUAAAACCUUCUGGUCCGAGCGUGGGCACGGAUUCACGAGAUGAAGAAGCAGCUGUACCAUCAUCACAGACUUAAAAGUAUGCUGACACGCGUUCAUUAGCUCUUUUAUAUAUAUAACCUGCUGGAACAACAGCAGCAUGCGCGCAAAGGUGCGGCGCGCAGAUCCGACUUUCUGAACAGUAAACGCGCAGGAAAAAUGGGGAUUUUUGAAUCCAUACCCGAGCACUCUCCAGCUGGAAGUUAAGGCUGCCUGCGGAGGAACAGCUGGGAACUUGUUUUUUAGAAAGUAAGUAGUCGGUUUUCCACCUGCGCGGUCAUGCAGGGGAACAGCUCAUCCGGACCCACAACCGCGCUCAGUGCAUGCGGAGGAGACGAGGAUCAAAUAUCCGAGCUGGUCAGCCCAGCAGGAGCAGCGUCCACCCUGCCAGCUUUCAACAUUUCUCUGAACUGUUGGCUCCACAUCCUCUCCAGAGAGUCUUCGCUGGAUCAGCACGGAGAUAGUGCCAACCUGCCAGUGCGAAUCCUCAUUGCUCUGGUCUAUCUGGUGGUGUGUGUCCUUGGGCUUGUGGGCAACCUCCUUGCGCUCUUCCUGCUCCACUCCCGUCGCCGUGGUCACCACUACUCCUCCAUCGACUGCUUUGUAAUGAGCCUGACCAUCACAGAUCUCCAGUUUGUUCUUACUUUGCCGUUCUGGGCCGUGGAUACACUUCUGGACUUCCGUUGGCCUUUCGGCUGGGUCAUGUGCAAGAUUGUAAGCUCAGUCACCACCAUGAACAUGUACGCCAGUGUCUUCUUCCUCACUGCAAUGAGUGUGACUCGUUACCGCUCCUUGGUUACCUCCUUGAAGAUGGACAGCCCCAGAACUGCCACAAGUCAGGCCAAGUGGGCCAGUUCAGCCAUCUGGGUGGUGUCUAUCGUGGCCACGUUGCCUCACGCUUUCUACUCAACCACAGUUCAGGUGUCUGCAGACGAUGAACUGUGCUUAGUUCGGUUCUCCGACUCCGACUCAGGUCACUGGGAUCCCCAAGUCCUGCUUGGGCUCUACCAAACGCAGAAAGUCCUUUUGGGAUUUGUAGUUCCCUUCAUUAUCAUUUCUGUGUGCUACCUCCUGCUGUUGAGGUUCAUUUUAAGUCGACGGGUUGUUGGCAGUGUGGUAAGUAAGGGAAUAGGAACAGAGAGGUCGGAGUAUGAGAAAGGACGCCAACGCCGCCGCUCAAAAGUUACCCGCUCUGUCACCAUCGUAGUUCUGUCCUUUUUCAUUUGCUGGCUGCCUAACCAGGCUCUCACCCUCUGGGGGGUUCUCAUCAAGUUUGACUUGGUGCCCUUCAGCAAGGCCUUCUACAAUGCGCAGGCCUACGCCUUCCCCCUGACUGUGUGUCUCGCCCAUGCUAACAGCUGUCUCAACCCAGUGCUCUACUGCCUGAUCCGAAGAGAGUACAGAGCCGGGCUGAAGGACACUCUGCUGAGAGUUUCUCAUUCCGUCCGGAACGUCCUUUCUCUGGCUCUGAGGGGAAGACGAGUGGAAGAGGCGCCACCGAGCAUGAUCAUGAUUCACAAGGACGUCAAUAUGUGACUUGCUCUCUAACACAAAAACUUAUCUUUUUUAUCUUUGUAUAAAUUACAAACACAUUUAUUGGCCCCGUAUAUGUUAUUAAAAAGGCUGCAACUUUACUCACCUUCCCAAAAGUAAAGGAUGAAAUGUCUGUAUAGAGAUUUGGACCAGCCCUCAUAUUCUAAUAUAAGGUAAUAUUAGCAAGCAUAUGUCUAAAAUGACAUGCGGUUAGUAUGUUAAAGGACUAAAGUGAAUCAAACUGAACCAAACAAAUGGCUUCCUGUUAUGUCAAGUUUUUGUGUUUUAACUUCUUGUUGCUUGCAGCGUUACAUAAAAACCCGUGUUUGCACUUUAUGACAAAAUAAAAUGAAAUAAAAACUUGUCCUCAAAAUAGACUACAACAAAUGUCACAUUUGAACAUUUAGACAACUCCUUUAUUCCUUAGUUAUGCAAAAAUAUUUAAUUGAAAAGAAAGGAAGCUACACACUUGAUUAUUACAUUUAGAUCUAAGCAAAUUCCUGUGUUGGGGAAUUGCACAAAGGAUAAUCUCUUCACACUUCUCUUUGAUUUUUGCUCAAAUAUACAUCAACAUCUGCACCCGAACUUUUGGAAAAUUUCUGAUGCUGCCAUGAUGAGUCAGUGAUUAUUUAAAAAAAUGCAUCUGUGAAGGCAAUUAUGGCAGCCUCCUAAAAAUAUGUUUGCUUUUGUGAGUAGCUCUCCUUGGAAAUGUCACAACUAUAUUAAAUAUAAAACUAUAACCUGUCCUGCCGUUUUCUUUGAACAAACCCCAAAGGUCUUAGUAUGUAAUUCAUCAAAUACUGGUGCAAUACAGUGUUGGGGGGGAAAAAAACAUGGCACUUUUUUUUGUAUUUGCUGCUUUUUGUGCUGACUUCUUGAUUUAACUUAACUUAAAUGUCCCUUGUGCUAAUAAAUAGUUGUUGUUUCUUUUAAACUUUUCUGAAAGUGCCUUAUUAUUUUCAGUUAGCAGUUUGAUUGUUCUGUGUAAGAUCUUUGGGGAGACUGUUUAACAGAUUGGGAGCAAAAGGCUCAGCACUUCAGAUUCAGUGAAAACCUAUUGCAUUUCAUCUAUAGUUUUCAAGAAUGUUUUAAGAUUUUGGGUCUAAAAGUGCAAUAUAAUUAAAAAUAAAAGGUUUUCCAUUUUGUUGCAGGGAGCUUUAAUCCAUUAUACCACAAACACGAAGAACAAAAGAGUAAAUUCUUUGGGAUCUGUGGCUCAGGUGGUGAAGCUCUUGUAUCCUAAUCACAGUAUUCCAACAAUUUGACCCACAGUCCUCCAAAUGGUACCAUGGCUUAAGUGAAGAGCUGCCACCUCAGAUUGCCAAACUGCCCCAAAAGGACAACACAAUUUUCUGUUUCAGUGCUGCUUGUUAGCCUGUAAAAGAUUUUUGCCAAGGUUUUUAACUUGGCAAUUUUUGUUGCCUCUUUUGAAAGAAUUGCUAGAUUGAAAGAAAACCAAUCUAACAAGCAAUUUCACAUUUGUAAAUAAAUUUUUUGUUCUAAACAAAAACGAAAGAAAAAAACAGGCCACAAUAUUAAACCAGGCAAUGCAGUGAUGAAAACUCUAAUUUGGACAAAAUCCUUAAUAGUUAUAUUUCCCUUUGAUACACAUGAUGAUACAUUGAGGCGAGGAAGGGCUUGGUUGUCAUAUUGUAAAGACAAAAGUCAUGUGUGGGUCAUCAAAUGUUUCUUUUAGAAAUUCAAGUGUUUGUACCAGUGCAAAUGCCGAUGUUUUACUGGCACAUUCUAGAAAAUGACCAAACUCUGUCCAAUCAGUACACUGGGUAACAGGGCAGAUAUUUGUAUUCAUUUACUUGCAUACAGUGGAGCAGAAGUAUGAAGCGGCGUUUGAUUAGUUUGGCCUGUACAGUAGUUGUUGUGUUUCUCUUCAAUUGUGUGACAUUUCCAAGCCCUUCAAAUGCAGCAGGGCAGAAGCCCUGGACCUCCUCCAUGUUCGAUACCAGCGUGAAACUGUCAGUCAUCUUCGUUGUGUCUGUUUAGCUGUUUCCCCGUGAACAGUCUUGUGCCAACAUGUAUGUAUGUCCUGUGACAUUAAAUAAAAUGAAAGGACAAAAGGCUUCA